UUUCGUGGGACGUGUUUACUUUACACCGCCACACUCAAACUCACUCUUUUAAUGUCAGCCUGCUUCCUCCUCCUGAGAGUCCGAGAGUCGUGAGCCGAACACUUGCAGCAACUACUCCUGCCUCCGUGCAUUGAUGAUGGCUAGGCGGCCAAGACACAGUGUUUACAGUAGUGAGGAAGACGAUGAUGAUAUCGAGAUGUACGACCACGAUUACGAUGGGCCGCUGCCAAAGAUUGGGAAACGUCACCUGGGCAAAACAAGAUGGACGAGGGAAGAGGAUGAAAAAUUGAAGAAGCUGGUUGAGAAGCAUGGGUGUGAAGACUGGAAAGUCAUUGCCAGCUUCCUUCCUAACCGCACAGAUGUACAGUGCCAGCACCGAUGGCAGAAGGUGUUGAACCCAGAACUCAUUAAGGGACCCUGGACUAAGGAGGAAGACCAGCGGGUGAUCGAGCUGGUACAGAAGUACGGUCCCAAGCGCUGGUCCGUCAUCGCCAAGCACCUGAAGGGCCGCAUCGGGAAACAGUGCAGGGAACGCUGGCACAACCACCUGAACCCCGAGGUGAAGAAGACCUCCUGGACCGAGGAAGAGGACCGCAUCAUCUACCAGGCUCACGAGAAACUGGGCAACAGAUGGGCCGAGAUCGCCAAGCUGCUGCCUGGAAGGACUGAUAAUGCUAUCAAGAACCACUGGAAUUCCACCAUGCGGAGGAAGGUGGAGCAGGAAGGAUACCUCCAGCACAAAGCCAGCCAGCAGGGCCUCAAUGCAAACUACGCCAAGGCCAACCACAUCAUGGGGUUCACCCACUCCUCCCCUCCCUCGCAGAUCCCAGCCCAUUCCCCCAUCAGCCCUGACUAUUCGUUCUUCCAAGUGGACAGCCAACGGGUGCCUUUUCCUGUGUCCUUGCACGUCAACAUCUUGAACAUCCCCCAGGCAGGAGCCGCUGCUAUACAAAGACACUAUAACGACGAGGACCCGGAGAAAGAGAAGAGGGUGAAGGAGAUCGAGCUUCUGCUGAUGUCCACCGAACAUGAACUGCGAGGCCAGCAGACCUUACCGUGCCAGAUGCCCAGCUACACGGGCUGGGCCCGGGCGGCCAUGAUUGACAGCGGGGGCUCUCUGGGCGGCGAGGGCGUGGCCAUUUCCUGUCUGGGGGAGCACCAGCACCAGGCGGUGCGGACCCCCCCGCUGGACCACGGCUGCCUCCCUGAGGGCAGCGCCUCCUCUGGCCGCGGCGGGAACCUGUCCGCCCUGCCCGAGUACAUCGACUCCGUCAUCGAUUCGUUUUUCAACCCGUCAGGGACGCCGGACAGUUCAGAGAUGGACGGCCUGAACUCCGCGGGGUGCAACCAGAAGUCCCUGAUCUCUCCCUUACUGCGCGACCACUCUCUCAAAGCGCAGAAAGAGAACGACAUUUUCAGGACCCCAAACCUCCGACGCUCCAUCAUGGAGUCGUCUCCUCGCACCCCGACCCCGUUCAGGAACGCGCUGGCGCACCACGACAUCAACUUCAACUCCCUAAAAAUGCUGCCUCACAAUUCCCACCUGGAGCCGACCCUGGCGGACGCCAUCAAGCAGGAGCCGAUGGAGGCGGAGGUCUCCUCCGGGAUCCAGUCCGACUCCCAGCCCAUCCUGAAGAAGAUCAAACAGGAGGUGGACUCGCCGUGCGAGAGGAGACACUGCCUCCAGUGGGGGGAAGGAGAUCUACAGGCUCAGCUCUUCCCAGCGACGGGCUCCGCGGAGGAUGUGCCGGAUCUCCUGACCAGUUCGGGUUUAAUGAUGGCAGGGUUGGAAAAAGACGGAGACAAUCACGUUAAAGCGUACCACAUCCCCCGGAAGGCUCUGGGCAGCCCGCUACAGCUGUCCGCAUGGGAAGCAGUGGCUUGUGGGAAGGCGGACGAUCAAAUCCUGGCUUCAGAGCCGACUCGCAAAUACCUGAACACUUUUUCUACCAGGACGCUAGUCAUGUAAAAAUGGACUGAACACUUUCCCUACCAGGACGCUAGUCAUGUGAAAAUGGACUUGAACGAACCCCCCCCCCCCUUACAGAAACAAAAUAAAAACCCCAAAGCAAUUGCGGAAACUGAACAUAAAAAAAACACUUCACGUUGAUUUUAAAACGUCAACCGUCCCUGUACCGUGCCUCGGAAGGCGGGCCGGGGAGACUAUUUGUUGUGGUACAACAGUUGGGAGAAGCACAUUAGCAUUUUAACCCUGUGCUUACACUUGUUGGAUUUCAACCAACCAAAGAUUUCGCUUUCCUGUGUUUACUCUUUAUUCUAAACGAAAAAAAAAAAAAAAAAACACGCCUAAAUUCCCUAGGUGAACGUCUUUUAUAAUGAGAACUGUCAAAUGUAUUUUUAUGGAUAUUAAUAUAAAGAACAACCUGAAUAAUUUAUUUCUUUCCACAAAACUGUUUAUCUAUUGGCAAAACAAGCAGUGUUUCCCUCCAGUAUUGUAUUCAUUUUUAAUUUAAUUUUCAUAAUUAAUAAUAAUUAUUAUUAUUGCCUGUCACGCACUAAUAUUGACAGAAACCAUACACCCGACAGUAUGUUAUGGCUGUGAGAGUAUUUUCUAUUUUUCCCCAAGCAUUAUUAAUGACCAAAUUUAAUACUGGGAAAUAUUUAAGAAUAUAUAUCUAUAUGUAUGAUCUCUGUAUUGUAUUUUAAAUUCCUGGUUUUGAACCAUAUUAGUGUCUAUGCUUUUUUUUUUUUUGGUUUGUUUGGUUUUUAUUUGUGUAAUUUUUUUCAGCUUGCGCUUUAAUAAUACUGUACAGAAACAAUUUUUUUGUUUGAACAAACUGUCCUUUGUUUUCUUUUUUUGUUUUAAUAACAUGAAUGCCAAAAGAGCCAGGAGAAGUUGCUGCUAAAAGUUUAGCAAAUGAAUUAGGUUAAUGCCAAAUAGAGUUUUACUAAACAUUUACAAAGAAAACGUUUCUGCACUAGAAUUGGAGAAUUUGUUUCUCCGAAAAUAUUUUCAUAAACACUGGUUUGAGGGACCACAGUUUCAGUAGUUCCAGGGGACAAAAGUUUUUGAUACUCAGUUUUUUAUCAUUCUUUUUAUAAUUUUUUGAAUACAUUUUAUAUUCUGCUUUUUACAACUUUUGUAGCAAAUAUGUGACGAACACUUAGCUGAGAAAAUGUAUUAUUUGUGCUGCCUUUUUUAUACUAGCUUCCAGUGCUUAUCUUUUUUAUACAAACUUUGGGUACUGCCUUGUAAAUAAAAGUGUGUUUUGAAAUUAA